GACGUGGUGGGAGGGCUCAGUACCUGGAAGGUUUCUCCUGAAGGGGAAGCUAAGUACCCAAACGGUUUCCAAUUGAUAUCGUUUUUCGCGUUUUAAUCGGGAUUCGGAAAUACCGUAAAGUAUCGCAAAUCCGCUUUUGUGUUAUGUCUUAAUUUUUAUAUCGAAAAUGUCGUGCAAAGACUUGUUCGAGUUCGGGAGUGUCGACCAAAGUAUCGCGCGUGUGACUUGAACGAUCUUGAAGGAGACCCUAAGGAUCAACCCUAGGAGAGACAUCGGGCAUCGACGGAGCAAUGUUGGGAUCAACGUAGCCGUCAACUCCACCGUUUGCGCAUCGAUCAUUUAUGACCCUCAGAUGCAUGUUGGUUCUCUUUGUCCUGUCGUUGGUCGUAAGCUGCGCGCUUUGCCAAACCUUCCAGUACAGUCGUGGGUGGACCAACGGCAAGCGAUCCAAUUUUCCGGCGGAAAUCUCCGCUCUAGGGUACGAUCGUUUCACCAACGGCGAGCUCAAGAGGCUGAAGAUGCUGAUAUACGGAAGCGCCGACGAACAACCGCUGUUGAUCCACUGCGAUUUCGUGGACAAGUUGAAGAAAUUCGCUCACACGGAUAAUGCCGAACCGGAUCAGCUGCGCCGGGAGAAGGCACCCAAUAACGAUAAUUACUGAAACGGAUACUCGUUGUGUAUCGAUCAUGAUUGUUUGAAAGAUGUACUCGGCACGUAGACUUAGUCCAGAAUAAAUUAUCACAGUGAUUGUAAAAAUCUGUACCUGAAAUAAAUAUCCACAAUUA